CCAAGGCUGGUUGUGCCUCUGUGUCGUCGCCCCAUUGCCCACCGGAUUCCAUGCACGUCUUCCGCCAACGACAUCGUCGUCCUGCAGUGUGGACGUCGGCAUGCCGACGUGGACAUGCCAUCGCCGACAAGUACGUGCAUGCCGGGAGGUUGUCUGACCGCAGAACGGUCCCCAACACUGUUGGGUGUUUGCAGAGCAUUGUUGCGGAAACCUAUGCCUCCGUGACUCGCCCAUCUCCCGUGCACGUGGCAGCCCCUGUGGCGGUCAACAUCGGUGGUGAAGUGCUCCGUGACAUCCGUCCUGCAUUCGUCUGUCGUGGAAGGCGGAGCUUGAUACCGGAUGUUGCCAACGUGGCGGGUGCUGUUCCACGUUUUGCUGGCCGCAUCAUAGUGCGUGACGAUCGCUUGCCAGAGCGGCACGGCCAACGUGCUGGGGCGUUGGACGGAUGGUCGUCCGUUGGUGGUGCACCGGUGCCGGCUUCUGUGCAUCGCUUUCCCUGUGCAGACAGGAACGCUGCUGUGGAAGGGUUKAAGGCGUCAGUGAGAUGCGACAACACCAUCGCAUCGGAGGAAUUGGGAGGGGGAAGGUCCAUGCCGGGUGCUGACGGAGGAUCCGAUGGCACGGGGACAGAUGCUUCCAAUGGGUCGACGAAGACACGUCGCACUGCUACUGGGAAAGCGCGUGGUGGGGAAUCCGCGGCCUCCAUGCAUGGCCUGGCAUCAGCCAUGGAGGAUUCGAUGAGGGCAGUGUGCAAGGGUUUGGAUUGGGCUGCCACCACGCUUCCUUGUGCAAGAGCUGAUGGCGCUGCCAUGAUGGCUGCCCGCAUGGGCGAGAUGGCGAUAGGGAUGGGCGUUGUGGCGGGGGCGAUGCAGCAAGGAAACUCCGUCCUGGAGAUGUUGGUUGGGGUGAUGGCGGGUAGGGGUUCACGGCCCACCCACGGAGCGCACACCGGUGUGCUGAGACCGACCCGUCGUCGAGGUGGGGCAACACCUCGAAUUAUGAUGCCGCUGGCCGAGCGUAGAGAGCGUGAUGCUUUCUUCUGUCGCCCUGUCGACAUUUUUGGGCUGGAGAUAACGCGGCAGUCGUACCGGUUCUACUCCAUCGACGUGAACGACAAAGCUGCCAUCGACAUCGACGCCGCUCUAGGAUACUGGAAACGCCACUUGUCACACGUCCUCCUGUGCGUGAAGAAGACAGGGGAGUUCAUCCCCGACGAUUGGGCGAACUUGCAAGUCGACAUCGUCGGCGACAUCGUUCUCAACCUUAUCGACAACCUCGCGACCGAGCACGGGGCGAGAUUAGACAUGGGCGCCUUCUACUACACGUUCCUCGAUCCGCCACUCAUCCGCUGCUCCAGUCGUUGCGUGGCAAUUUGCUGUAGCUGCGCGUCGUCCUUGAGGGUUCCGACGUCGAUCUCCAAUGAAUGGAGGCGAUCGGAGGUGUUGGAGGAGCUGGCAUCGGGGGGCGAUGACGGAUUGUUGCUGCAGCUGCUGGAGGCGGUUGUUGACUUGAUCAAAUGUCCGAUUGUGCGUCUGAAUCACGUCGUCGAGGCUGUGGAUCUCCUCCUGCUGUGCAAUGCACGUUGCCAGGAGUUUCGUGAAAUGGGAGAGGAGUAGAACGAUCUUGUUUUCACUCUCUUCCAUCUUACCAUUCUCGGCCUCGGCUCACCAAUCUGCUGCCAUUGUGAGCAAAGGUCGCUCUCCAUUGAAUAUCUUCUCGCGUCGUUGAUUUCGUUCUUCAUCAGCAGCCUUUGUUGCUGCCUCGUCGUGCUGGUGGUGUUGUUCUAUUGCCAACAGACGUGCCUUCUCGGCAUCCUUUGUCGCCUUGUCUGCCGUUGCUACAUCAUCCGCCCGUUUCUUGGCUUCGGUAAUCAAAGCCAGCAUCCGGG